GGGCUAUUGGAUUUUCUAUUAAUUAGAUUAAUUUUUGUUCAGUUCAUGAGAACUCUUUUUAACUUGCUUUUGCCAGUGAUCAGUGAAAUUUUAAUGACUAGAUUCAGUUUUAAAGAUGAAAAGGUUGCAUUAAAAUUAUUAUGCGUUUAUUAUGAAAUUUAUUCAAAGUAAGUUCGCCGAAAUUAUAGCUUACCCACUCUGCAUAGCAUAGUUCAUACAAUGUUUGUUGAAGGUAAAAAACAGCAUAAUUCCAUGCUGUGAACUCAAGAAAUCCUGUGAACGAUUCUUUUGUUUACUUACUAAUCCUCAAUCAUGCAGCAUCGUAAAGUGUAUAUUGAUGAUUGGUGUUUGAUGGAGAAAAUUUGCUUAGUAUCUGCUGUAUUACGACUUGGCGAUAGCAAUUGGUCAUCUGUAUGUGAUCUUAUAAAACCUAAAUUACAAGAAAAUCGCCCUUGGGAUUGGUUCACUCCUGACGCGUGUGAAGCUCAAUAUAAAGUAUUAUUUGAUGAAUGUGUCAAACCACAAGUUAAUGAUCAAAGUCCGGCAUUACAGAUCAUUCAAAAUUUGAAAACAAAAUGCAAAGUAGAAUGUCAGCGUAAAGAAGAACAACAAAACAAAUAUCUGACGCUGAAGAAGAAAAUAGAAACCUUCCUGAAGAAUGGCGUCGAAAGUGAAUUAAUUGAUAAAUAUUAUGAAGAUGUUCAACUGGAGAAUAAAGAAAAAGAAGAAAAUCUGCGACGUCAUCAAGAAGCUUUAAAAAAAAGAGAAACCUUGAAAAUAGAGUUUGAAAAAACCAUUGUUCCUAGAACUCCUAAUAAACAAGAGACGAAGACGGAUGGCGGUUCAUCUCCAAUAGUCACUUCGCCUCUAUUAAGCAGUUUACUUAAUAACCCUCCUGCGGUGCAGUAUCGACCAACACUGUCAACAACAAGCUUCAUACCAACGAAAAGCGCGCAAAGUGUAUCGAAAAGUACAACGUUUGAGAAACUCCAAUUAUUUUCCUCUGAUGUUUCGUUUAAAGACAGUUUUAAUUCAGAAUUGGCAGAGCAAAUAUGUUCGUUAGAUAGGCAGCCAGCGCUUGUGGCUAGCUCGUCUUCAAGCACUAUCAAAAAAUUAGAAUCUCAAGAAUUAAUCAAUACUGUACCAGUAGUUACCGGUAGCAGAACUCCAGUCAGUGACAGUUGUGCAUCCAAGAUUGAAACAUCAACAAUCGAAACAACGCUGAAGUCGGAUUCACAAAAUUUAGAAACUUUAGGACUUAUAUCACCAAACGAAGAAGAGUAUCUCACGGAAGUUGACAUACCGCCUGAAGCUCUGCUUGAAGUGAUUGGAGAUCUAAAAGAAGGAACAAUUUCGCUCGAUAAAUUGAUUCGUGAUCUAGAAGCGACUGAUGAAGGUGUAAUUAUCGAUAAAGACUUGACCACAGUAUCAAUCCCCGUUGAUGACUCCUAUACUGUAGAAAGUAAACCAGUUGAGCAAGCUUCUUUUGCUACUGAACUGUCGUCGCAAGCUCAACCAACUGAUGAAAUCAAAACUGAAUUUAUGGAAGAAGGUAAAGUUGAAGUGAGCGAAGUCGAAGUUCAUCCUUCAGAUUUGUCUUCGUCGACAGAAGCCGAUAAAUUAGAGAUAGAAGAGCAGGUUGUCAUCGUAGAAGAUACCAGCAGAGAGGAACAUGAAAUUCGUACCACUGAAACUGACGAUAUCGCUAAUAUUGAAAUAAAUAGCGUAGAUGAACCAGUUACCAAAGACGAAUCGCCUUUAUCUGUAUCAUUUUCAUCAACUGUUGCUAUAAGCGUUGAAUUUGAUUCAUCAUUUUCUGAGCAGAAGUCAGAUAGUGAUACAGUAGAGUCGCAUAAUGCCAAAUCCAUAUUGAAUAAAAGCAGCGAAUCCGAAAUAGAUGAAGAUGUGAAGUCAAAAUGUCUUCCUAAAUCAGUAGUCGUAAUUAAACGAAUUGAAGACGGUGCAAAUUCGAAUAAAAAUAAGAAAAAUAGAAAUAAAACACCCCUUGAAGAAAGUAUUAAAGAAAUUGAGGACGUUCCUUGCGAUGUAGAUCAAAUUCAAGAUGUAGAAAAGAUACAGUCAGAACAGCGAGUUGUAUCAACCGAACAACAUGUUCCAGUCGAAUCGCAAAUAGUACCAGAGUAUGUCGGGGAGACGCCCGUAUUGGGAGAAAAUAUAGUGUUUGAAAAAGAUAUUGAUUCGGAAAAAGGUGAGAAAUUAAAUGAUGAAACGGUUAUCGCUGAGCUAGCGCAAUCAUCUGUUGCCGCCGAUGAUUCAGAUGUUUCUGAUAAAUUCGAAGAUGCGCUACAAACACAGACGGAAGAAACUAAUGAAACUUGCUCAACAGAAAACAUCAUCAACGUCGAAAAAGAAAUGAAAUCCCCUCCUUACGCCGAUGUCGACGAAUCAUUCGAGUUGAACGUAUCCGAAGAGAAGGCAGCUGAGAAGGCAAUAGUGGAAGAUAAGCAGCAAGAUGUCGAAAAACAAGAAGAAACGCCUGUUGUCGAUCUACCUUCUGUAGAAAUUGUAAACGUAACAGAAAAUAUAGAAUCGAAAUAUCCAGAGCCUGUUGAAGAUAUUCCACAUGAACGUAUUGAGAAUGAAGGUUUGACACCAGAUGAUGGUAAAAUUACUGAAACCGUGCAGGAAACCGUUGAAGAACGUAAAAAAUCCGAGGAUAAUAAACCGCUUCCCACGAAAAUUAUUAAAAGUUCUAGAAGGAAAAGAAAAAGCACUUCUGAAACGAUUGAUGAACCUGCUGAAAUGAGUAUUGUUAUAGCGCCUUUUGCUGUCAAGGAUAUCGAAACUAUAGAUUACGAUGUUGAACAGUUCGCUCCUGCUCACAGCAUCAAAACAGAACCGUCUGAUACUAAACCAGAGGAUGAGAGAAAAGAACAAAAGGAAGCAACGCCGACUCUAGAGAAACCUUCCAUUAAAGAGAGCACGCCGGCUAGAAUAAAAUCUGAAAGAAGAGAUACAAAAACACCUGAACCUGUCGUUAUGGUUUUGCGAAGGAGUAAUAACAAAACACAGAGUCCUAUGAAGAAAAUGGAUCGUGAGUCUAGAAGUCUGGAUAAUUCUGAGUAUAUGAAAACCCGAAAAAAAUCCAUUUUGCUUGCGCAUCAGAGAUUAAUGUCACAUAAAUACGCAAAUGCAUUUCAAAAACCUAUUACGAAUAGACAAGUUCAAGGUUACGAAAACGUAAUUUACAAACCGAUGGAUUUGCAAACCAUCAAAAGAAAAAUAGAGAACAGACAGAUCAAUUCCGUUGCUGAAUUUCAAAGAGAUAUUCUAUUAAUGCUUAAUAAUGCUAAGAUGUUCAAUAGAAUAAAUUCUCAAGUUUAUAAUAUGGCGGUUGAAGUUGAAGAAGAUGCAUUACGGGAUAUUCAGCUUACAGUGCAAACUCUCGGUGAAGGCAUUCCUACUGAAACGCAAAAGAAUAUCGAAAAGAUACGCAAACGUCAAUCUCUAGAAAAUUCUAAAACAGAUUUAAAAUUAAUAAAAAGAAUCAAAUAUUCGACAAAGGAUAAUAUUUUUACCAAUCUACCAGUUAAAAGACCAAAACUUGAGGAAAACGAAGACGAAUGAGAAGCGUAUUUACGAAACAUGAAUUCGUAAGAAUUUUGAAUCCCUCCAACGUUAUGUUUACUUUUACCUCUCACGUAGUCUUGAAUGAAAGAAAUUUUAGUAAUUUGAUUUUGUAAAUCGUGAGGAAAAGCGUCCAAGUAUAGUUUCAAAAACAUAAUUUUACUUCUUCAUUGUAAAUAUGUUUGUUAUGUACGAUUUGAAGUAAAUGGCUGUAAUAUGUUUAGCGACUGACUUACUACUGUAUUACAAUCGAAUACGCUUGUUUAUUUAGGAUUUUUUAUUUUCUGUAUGCGAUGUGAUGUACUGUAAAGUUUUGUAUUUACGAUUAUCAUAAUAAAUGAUUGUACUUUUUGAA